UGGGACGGCAUUUGAAUGGCACUCCAAGCCAUCAUGGAAACCUCGGAUUUAAGCGGGCAUAAUAUCGUGAUAGCAAAGGAUGUCCAAAAGUUGCAUCAUGGGAGAGUACCGAAAAGCUGGGUGUUUGAGACGAUAUUUGAAGGGCGAGAUGCGUCGUUGGGCAUGUUGGAGUGAAUGAAGACUGGAGAGCUGAACUGACUUGAGCUGAAGACGACCCCGAUCCAAGACUCUAGAACGCACCUUCCUGACCAAAGAUAUCCACAGUCCACAUCAAACUGGGAAGUUUCGGCCGCAAACAUGGCCCACCUUGCUGCACGCGCCAAUGUUUCCCCGGACUCGGGAUUUCCAGUCACCCUCCACCCACACUUCAACCCCAAGAUCAAAGAUCAUGUCCCUCCAGAGCCACCACACAAAGAGCGAACCCCAGCGCCCGACAGAGGUCUCUUUGCCAACCCCGACAAGAAAUCGUUGCUCUCGAUCCCUGGUAUCAAAGUGGUUCCCUUGACUGAAUCGAUUGGAACCGUCUUGGAGAAUGUCCAGCUCUCCGCCUUGACACCACAACAGCUUGAUGAGCUUGCUCUGCUGGUCAACGAACGCGGUGUGGUCUUCUUCCGCUCUCAAGAUCUGACCACUGAAGGUCAGGUCAAACUCUUUGAACACUAUGGAGAGCUCGACCGUCACCCGUCUCAGAAAGACACGCGCCAUCAUGUCAUCAGAGGCAGCACCAUAGAUCACAGGGAGAUAUUGGCCUACACCCCUUGGCCAAGCGGCGAUUUCCAUGCCGACACCUCUUUCGAGAUCAACCCGCCAUCUUACUCGAUGCUCAGAAUGGAAGAGCACCCGCCUGUUGGUGGUGACACGGCGUGGGUAUCGUCUUAUGGUCUGUACGAUACUCUAUCAGAUGCCAUGAAAAACUUUUUGUCCGGUCUUCACGCCGUUCACACCUCUCGUCUUCAGUACGACACCAUCCUCGACCUUUGGCAAGUGCCUCCCAACCGUGCCCCAAUCGACACCCACCACCCCGCUGUUCGGACUCAUCCAGUCACUGGCCUCCGGGCACUGAACGUCAACCCGGGCUUUGUCACGGGCUUCGCCGAGUUGAAGAAAUAUGAAGGCGAUAAGAUUUUGGACUUCUUGAACUAUCACAUCCAUUCUGCGGAUGACCAUUAUGUACGAUUCAAGUGGGAGGUGGGGAGUGUUGCGUUGUGGGACAACCGAGCCGUGAUUCAUCGCGUAAUUCCCGGAUCGUACGAGACCCCUAGGAGAGGCAUUAGAACGACCGUUUUUGGGGAAAAGCCAUACUUCGAUCCGAAGAGCGAGGGAAGGUUGGAGAGACAAAAGAGGCUAAAAGCUGAGAGAGAGAACGAAGAUAAAGCCAAUGGUGUCAAUGGAACCAACGGCAAUGGGGUCAGCCACUGAGUGGCAUUUGUCGAUGUGGAAGAUAUGGGGAAAAUACGGGGAAUAUCCCAGGCAUGUGGGUUGGAUCAUGUUGGUUCCAGACACGGUAUAUCUCAGGCUUCAUAAGCAUGCUUUCGAUGUUGACCACAUCCAUUGUUGUGGGAGAGGAAUGCGAAAUCAAGGUGGUGAAUCAGCCAAGGCCCGA